ACGGGAACGGGACAGUUGCUUUCUUCAUUGAGUAAUCUAAAUAAUUAAUACGAAGUGGUGUUUUGUGGUUAAUGAUCGCAUUAAGUUAGUUGGAAGACAUUCGCGAGUGUUAUUAUAUUGGAGUAUUCAAUAAACAAAGUGUAUCCGCCUAUUUUCGCUUCGUGCUGGGAAGCCGCUUCAUAACUCAAAAGUUUAUGCGGACUUUUGAGUUAAUUCGUUUGGGGUUCGGAGUAGGAGUCUACUCCGAGGGUGGGGGCUUAGGUUUCAUCAUCAUCAUUCAUCACCUUUCAUCAUUUCAUUAAUCAUCAAGAAAAAAAAAAUACGUAAGACAUGGCUGUAUGGGCAUAGUUCCCUUUGCCUUACCCUUCGGGGAAAACCAAAACAAAAAAAAUGUUUAUGCGCCGUUCACAGGUUCACUCGUUUCGUUCUUCACAGCUGCACGUUGGUUAGGGAUUCAUUUAUUUUAUUUUAGAAAUAUAGUAUUAGGACCAGUUUUUACAAAAAUGAAUUCAGAACUAAAUCCGGAGGCUCCUGAAUUCUAUCCACAUUUAACUUCAGUGACACAGAAUGGUUAUUCUACAGUGAACAAGACAAUAAAAACAUCCAACUUACUGCCAAAACAAGGAUCUUAUGAACUAUACAAAACCUUUACAGACUUCAACAUUUUAACAUGCCAAUUAAGUGAAAAUGUUGUUACACAAUCAAAUCAAAUAAUAACAGCAGAGUUGCCAGGUGUGAAGUUGAAACGUAAUGACAUCCAAUACAAUUCGGAGAAACUGGUUGAUGCUAACGAUAACAUGUUAGACCGAGUGAAUAUAAACAUAGACAUAGUGAGUGGAGAAAACCAGCCCAACAACAAGUUCUUGGAUGGACUCAAUAUAGCACCAUGGAACAGGCAGAACAAUGGUCCUGUGAUUGCUAAAAUACAGGUGGGUUCCACUACGUUCAUAGGUGCCAAGAAUAUUCCGCGACCGCAACUCACUUUCAAAGACCCCGUCGACAAUUCGAAGAGCUUAUGGGUGCCUAAAAUAUCAGACAAACCAAACAAUAUCAAGCCACUGGCUUUGAAUAUCCUUUAUAAUGAUGAAGGCGAGGCUGUCGGAUACGAACAUCCAUACCAAGUGGAGUUGGACUUAUACCAGCCACCAGCUGAGUUUAUUGACCCCGACCCUGAGCCCCCAACACCUCCACCCCCCAUUCAAGACACGAAGCUUACCUAUGUGGAGACAGAGGAACAGGUUAAUGAGUUGGUUGACCACCUCAAUACUGUUAAAGAAAUGGCUGUUGAUGUGGAACACCACUCCUAUAGGACUUAUCAAGGAAUAACAUGUCUUAUACAAAUAACUACGAACGAAGGCGGCGAUUUCAUCAUAGACGCGUUGGCAGUUCGAGAGCACAUACACAAACUCAAUUUGGCAUUCACGGAUCCGAAAAAAAUUAAAGUGUUCCACGGUGCCGAGAUGGAUGUGUUAUGGCUGCAAAGAGACUUUGGUGUCUAUAUUGUCGGUUUGUUUGACACUCAUCAAGCUGCUAAGGCCCUGAAAGUGAGCGGAUUCUCCCUCAAGUAUUUACUCAUGAAAUACUGUGGAGUGAAUGCCGAUAAAAAGUAUCAGUUGGCGGAUUGGCGCAUACGUCCAUUGCCGAACGAGUUGAUGGAGUACGCGCGCAGUGACACGCAUUAUCUGCUGUACAUCUGGCGAAAGAUCAAAGCUGAUCUCUUGGAAGCAGGCGCUGGACAGCCGCAACUACUACUGUCAGUCUUUGAACAGAGUCGUCAGAUAUGUGGCAUGACAUACAACAAAGAAGUGGUUGAUGACUCGAGCCACAUGCGACUGUACAUGCGAUCGAAGAAGUCGUUCAAUUCCCGACAGAUGUCCGCGCUGCAGUUAUUGUACAAGUGGAGGGACACGCAGGCUCGUGCCCUGGACGAAAGCACAAUGUAUUUACUGCCGAACCAUAUGCUAUUGGCUCUAGCCGAGAUUUUGCCCCGCGAGGUGCAAGGAGUGAACGCUUGUUGCUGCCCCAUGCCGCCCUUUGUCAAGCAAAACCUAAUUACCAUUCAUAGAAUGAUCCUUUCCUGCCGCGAGUUACCGUUGGAGCCGCAGCUGUACCAGAUGCCCUCGAGCAUCAGAACCAUGGUGAACACCACGCAUCAACCGGUUAUCUACAAAGUACACGACCUCACGCAAACCCCUGAAUUCAGAGAAAACCAACGCAUAAACUUAGACCGAGCAGCGACUUUUCUGGAAGAUUACCCGGGAUACCAAGCUGAUAUCCCCGCGUUUGUCCCCUUAUACGACAGCGAAACUUGCUAUGGCGUUGUUUCCGAUCUGAACGCGGAAGCGAAACUAUUCAUUCCACCGUACGAUAGAUAUAGGAAAUAUCGUUCUUUAGCUCAGAUGGAAGAAAUAAAAGAAUACAAAGAUAAGGAAGCGAAAAUAGCUGCUAUUAGCAAAGGAAACGAGUUGAUCAAAACCGAGGUGCUUAUUAAGCUCCAACAAGCUAAAACGAAUGUAGAAAACGAAGAACACGCAGCUAAAGACGCAGGAGAUGUCAGGAUUGUCGAGGAAACUAUACAAGUACAAAAAGGAGAAAAACGGAAAAGAAAAAUGACUGCCGACAAGUUAGAACGCAAGGAAACCGCGACGCAGAUUGAAGAAAAAGUCGAAGUGAAAAAUAUGAAGAAUAAUGACAGGAGCAAGAACCUAAAGCCGUUCCUUUACAAGAAUGUAAACUACAGGAAGUUCUACGAUGACUCUGACAAGGCGCACAAACAGCCUAAAAUGAAAUUUAAGAAACAUAAAUAGUUGUUACUAACUAUACUUAUUAAGCGAAAAUAUACCGACAUUAUACAUAGUGAAUUUUAUAUAA